GCUACCAUGCUGCUGCUCAGGCUCCUGUUGAUUCUUCUUGCAGUACUUUUCUCUGGCCUCCACAGCCUACCCUGGUCCAUAGAUAUCCUCGAGAGCCAAGGGCCUGGCAGCAUCCUUCAGUCUUUCACCUUCAACUGCUCCUCCUACACACCCACCCUGGCGUUAUUCAGUGUGAAACCACCCACCGGGUUUUUCAACGAACCCAGCCUGCACCUGCAUAACGGAAUGUAUGUGGGAAAGGUGACCUUGAGUAGCUCCGCUCGGCUGGACGCACUGGUAGUCAACCGCUACGAGCUGCAGGUGCAGUACAAAUGCGGCAACUUCGUGCGAGAGGUUCACCUCUUCGUUCAUGUGCAGCCGAAGCCCAGUCAAAUCCAGUGUGCUGGUCCAUUUGCCAGCCCAGCUGGGGAAUUCGUUUACAUACCAGAGACAGUCUCACCUGGGGCCCUGCUGUACACUCUGUUGCUGCCAGGCCUAGGACAUCAGAAAGCCCAGAUGAACAUUACCAGUGCUCAAGACCCUCCAUUCUUCCCUGGGCCUUUCUCCAUUGAUGACCAGGGACUGCUGCGGGCACCAGCCCAGGGCCUCAGAGGCCAGGCCCAAAAGGCCUUCCAGCUGCAGAUUUUAGCAUCUGCAGGAAAAAGCGGAAGCUGCAAAGGGAUGCUGACAGUGAAGGUUUUGCCCCAGCCCUCCAGCCGAGUCUCUUUCUUACAGAAGGCCCAGAGUAUCACCAUUCCAGAGGAUCUGGUCCCCGGGAGCGAGGUGACUCAGGUUCAAGCUAGAGGAUUCAACUUACUCUAUGAAAUCAUCUCCCCGCUGCCUAGUUCACUCUACUCCAUUGGACAAGCUGACGGGGUAGUGCGGACGACCGCACCCCUGGAUUUGGCUCGUGCUCAGGGCGCGGUGGUCACGAAACUGCAGGUGAGGGCCUUUGAGAGGCUCCGGCCUUGGGCCAGCGCAGAGUCUGAGCUCACGGUUAAAGUGCACGCGGUCAACCAGUGGCCCCCACGCUGCCAUCCAGCGCUACUGGUGACUCAGAUCCCAGAGACUGCGCCUGUGGGCACGGUGCUGAACGCUCUCACUUGCGUUGACCCAGACUCUGCUGGCGCCCCCCUCGACUACCAGCUGCGUUUUCACAGCCCUCCCGACUCUGCCAGCCUCCGUCUCAAUAACGGAGUCCUUGAGGUAAACGCGACUUUGGACUGUGACGCUCCUGGGGCUUGCUUCCAGCAUUCAGCUUCCAUCUUGGUGUUUGAUGGUGGUCAGCCCCAGAUAACCACUGAGGUUCCAGUCCUGGUGACGGUGACACUUGUCAAUGAGUUCUCUCCAGCCUGUGUCGCACGCACGUUCCGGGUUCGGGAGGAUGCUGGGCCCCCCAGUCUGCUGGGCUCCAUAGCGGGCACAGAUGCGGAUUACCCUCCUCACAGCCUUGAGUACUACAUCUCUGGCAGACCCUCCACCUUUGCUGUGGAUCGUCUCAGUGGAGAGCUUCACCUCCUGGGGCCUUUGGACUAUGAGCAGCAGAGGUUGUACAGAAUCGUUAUUCUGCUGAUUGAUCACAGCCAAGACUGGGACCUCAACCACCGCCGCUCAGGUUCAUGUACCAUAACCAUUGAAGUUGAGGACGUGAACGACCACGCCCCCGAGUGUGAGCCUCCGUUUCAGGAACUCACCGUCUCCCCUCCCCUGGGUCGUAGCACGGAGGUGACCGAGGUGUCGUGCUGGAUCCCUCAGGAGCCACAGCGCUUGGCUUUCUCCUACAGCAUCAUGGGAGGGAAUAGCCAGAGCCGGUUUAGACUGCAAGGAAGCAUCCUGGUGCACAAUGACACUGUGCUGGGGCCCCCGUGGCCAGAGCAGCCCUGCACCUAUGAGCUAUUGAUCCAUGCUGCUGAUGCGGGCCCUUCCGUGCCCCACCUUAGCACCACAGCCACCAUCAUUGUGCAUGUAGUUCCUUGGAAGGCCAGCACAGUGGCUACCAGCACCCACAGAAGCACAGUGUCCUCAACAAUGACACCCCUGAUUGUGACAGACGUAGAGGCUUUCUGGAAGCCAGAUCCCUGGUUUGUGAUAGUGUUGACAGCGACUGGUGCAGUUCUCCUCCUGGCUCUGGGUUGGCUCGUCAGCAGGAUCCUUCAGGGAUUGGCCCAGUCGCUACAGGCACCGAGCAAACCAGCCAGCGCUCUGUUGCUAAACAGAAUCCAGGGAAAUGAAGGCUCCAUUGAGAGGCACAUGGAGGCACCAAGAAUGGAGAUGUCCCAGGGGCAUUUUGAUGGCAGAGCCCAAGAUGUCCGUACAGGGAGAGAUUACCUGUUCAGCACGCGCACGGGAGCCCGGCAUUGGCUGUGAGGCUGAGCAGCACGGGAGCCCGGUGCUGGCUGUGAGGCUGAGCAGCUGCUUCUCUGUGUGUGGAAUUCCCUUUUUACAUGAUCAUAGCCUGACUUUCCAAGCAGAUUUAGUAAUAAAGACUACAAAGAGAAUGCUGCCCACCUUGAAGUCUUUGUGCAGGAGAAGCUCCGAGAUUUGCGUUUCUUUGUUCUUCUUUGGAGAAAGUGUCACUCCUUGUGGGCACACUAUGGAACAGUAAGAUUUUCCUCUGAAGAAGCAUUGUCUGAUGCCCUGAUAGAGACUGACACUUUAUAGAAGAAGCUCUUAUCUUAUUAUCUUUAUUAGUGAUGGAUAGACCCCCAGCUGUCUUGUCUAUUCAGAGAAAAAAAAAUUUUUUUUUGAGGCAGGGUUUCACUGUGUUGUCCUGGUUGGCUGGCUUCAAAUGUAUAAGAUCCACUGCCUCUGCUCCUCAGUGCUGGAAUUAAAGGCAUGUGCCACC